AUGCGGUACGGAUACGUAGACUCACAAGUUCAUUUCCGUCGUCCUCACAAGUUCAUCAACCGGCGUCUUCACAAGUCCAUCAACCGGCGUCCUCACAAGUCCAUCGACCGGCGUCCUCACAAGUCUAUCAACCUGCGUCCUCACAAGUCCAUCAACCGGCGUCUUCACAAGUUCAUCAACCGGCGUCCUCACAAGUCCAUCAACCGGUGUCCUCACAAGUCCAUCAACCGGGGUUCUCACAAAUCCAUUAGCUGGCGUCCUCACAAAUUCAUUAACCGGCGUCCUCACAAGUCCAUUAACCGGCGUCCUCACAAGACCAUUUACCGGCGUCCUCACCGGCGUCCUCACAAGUCCAUUAACCAGCGUCCUCACAAGUCCAUUUACCGGUGUCCUAAGAAGUCCAUUAACCGGCGUCCUCUCAAGUUCAUCAACCGAUGUCCUCACAAGUUCAUCAACCGGCAAACUCACAAGUCCAUUAACCGACGUAGUCAGAAGUCCAUUAACCGACGUCCUCUCAAGUUCAUCAACCGAUGUCCUCACAAGUUCAUCAACCGGCGCCCUCACAAGUCAAUCAACCGGCGUCCUCACAAGUCCAUUAACCGGCAUCCUCUCACAAGUACAUUAACCGGUGUCCUCACAAGUCCAUUAACCGGCGUCCUCACAAGUACAUUAACCGGCGUCCUCACAAGUCCAUUAACCGGUGUCCUCACAAGUCCAUUAACCGGCGUCCUCACAAGUCCAUUAACCGGCGUCCUCACAAGUCUAUCAACCGGCGUCCUCACACAAGUCAAUUAA